AUGAUGAUGAUGAACAGAUUCCGUAUUUCUACAAUAAGUAAUUCAAUCUUUCAUAACAAUAGAUUUACGCAAACAACUACAACAUUGCAAUUCCGUUCUUAUUCCACAUUAAAGGUUCCAUUAAGAGUUGCUAUCGUUGGUGCUCCUGGUUCAGGUAAAGGUACACAAUCUGCAAAGUUAGAAAGAGACUAUGGAUUGAAACCAAUUUCAACCGGUCAGAUUCUAAGACAAGCUUCACAAGAAGAUUCAGAAUUGGGUAAAGAUAUCAAAUCGAAAUUGGAUGCAGGUCAAUUACUCUCUGAUGAAUUUAUGUUUAAAGUUGUAAAAGAAUAUCUAUCAAAGAUUAAUACAUAUUUAUUAGAUGGAUAUCCAAGAACAACUCAACAAGCAGAGGAUUUAGACAAGUGGUUAGCUGACAAACAGACACCCUUGGAUUUUGUGUUAUAUUUAGAUGUUCCAGAGGAGGUAUUAAUCGAGCGUAUUCAAGACCGUUGGAUCCAUCCUUCGAGUGGACGUGUCUAUAAUUCGACUUAUGCCAAACCAAAGGUACAAGGCAAGGACGAUGUAACCGGCGAGCCAUUGGUGCGUCGUUCCGAUGACAACGAAGAAAAGAAGAUCAAGGAUCGUAUCGAAACAUACCACCGUGAGACCAUGCCAAUUCUCAAACACUACCAAAACAAAGGUAAAUUGGUAUCAAUCUACUCACCAACCUCUGACGUAGGCUAUCAAUCGAUCACCUCACUACUGAAUCAAUAUUGUAGCAAUGGUAAACAAUUCAUUACAAACAACAAUAGUACAGCGGCCAACACUUCAUCUUCUUCAUCCUCCUCAUCAUCAUCAUCAUCAACAACAUUCCAAACUUCGACCAGCUCCACAUCAUCAGUAGGCGUAAAAACUUCACCAUUUUAA